GAAAUCGAAGCCAAGAAAGCGUGCGACUGGCUGCGAGCGGCGGGAUUCCCUCAGUAUGCCCAGCUUUACGAAGACUCAUUGUUCCCUCUCGACAUCGGUGCUGUGAAGAAGGACCACAGCUUCCUGGACCAGGACUCCCUCAAAUCCCUGUGCAGGAGGCUGAUGACCCUGAACACAUGUGCCUCCAUGAAGCUGGAAGUCCACUUUCAGCGUAAACAGAAUGAAGACUCUGAGGAGGAAGACCUGUGUGCCAUCAGCAACCGGUGGGCUUUUCAGCGGGACAGCAAGAGGUGGUCGCGGGUGGGGUCGGUCGACGUCCUCUCCCAGGGCUCCGAGGUCCUGAGCUCCACCAUGCGACUGGCGUCCAGCCGCGAGAGCGUCCUCACGGACCUCAGCACCAACCCGGAGGCUGUGUCCCUGCACAGCACGGGCAGCACCGGCAGCACAGGCGGCACACUGGGUGUCAGAGCUGUGCCGCCUGGUCCCCCGUCCCCCAUCUGCACUACCGCUGCUAUCGCCACCUCCAGCUGCAGCUUAAGUGAGCGCUCCUUGCCAGAGCAGCCCUUGAGCCACGGCGAGGGCUCCAAGGAGAAACCAAAGAAGCGACGGUCUCGCAGCUUCUUGAAGAGGAUCGAGUCCCUCCGAAGGAGGGACAAAGAGAAAGACAACCCAGACGAGAAGGUCGUCCCACAUGACAGCAUCACAGCCGCACCAGGAUGGGGAUCCCUGAAGACUAAUGGGGACCUCGCAGCCACCAAGGCCAACUCCCCUAAAAGAGGGGUAUCUGCCUCUUUUCAUGGCAAAAAACACUUCUUCUCGGUAUCAUACAGGACUAACCGCUUGCUAGGCUCAGGCAGGAGCAAGGUGAGCUCUGACUCGAAACGCAGUGGAGUCUACCUGGAGGACUACAAAACGGCCGUGACAGCCAGCGGCGACUGGGCUGCUGGAGACUGCCAGCACCGGCAGGGUCAUCGGGGGGACUGCUUGGUCUACAUCCCCCAGGACCACAAGCCGGGCACCUUUCCCAAAUCCCUCUCCAUCGAGAGCUUGUGUCCCUUGGGCGGCAGCUCCCUGACCCACUGGAAAUCGGGGAAUGUGCCGGUUGGGCUGGUGGGAGGCGGCGGGGGCGGCAGCAACAGCAGCGUGGAGGGUUCGUCCUCCCCGCGGGGUUUCGCUUGCCGCCGCCGUCGGGGCUCCUGCAGCUCCCUGGGCAGCCGGGUCAGCGUGUACGACAAUGUGCCGGAGUUCGGCAGCAGCGAGGAUUUCUGCAAGGAAGAUGGGGAGGUGACCUAUGAGAACCUCGACGACAUCCUACAGCACAUGUGGGGGCUGCAGCAGAAGGUGGAGCUCUGGUAUAAAGCCAUCUCCCCUGACCUGGCUGGGGAGGAGGGGGGUGAGGAGGAGGAGGAUGAGGAUGAGGAGUCGGACUCGGGAGGGGAACCCUCCAACCUGCACUUCGAAGAGCGAUCCAUGUCGGAUGUUGGCACCUCUGCCAGUGACUUUGACAGCACGGGCAACUCCCUCAACGAGGCCGAGGAGAUUGAGAUGCGGGAGCGCCGGGACUCGGGGGUGGGAGCAUCGCUCACCAGGCCCUGCAGAAAGCUGCGCUGGCACAGUUUCCAGAACUCACACCGGCCCAGCCUGAACUCUGCCUCCCUGGAGAUCAACCGCCAGUCCUCUGCUCAGCUCAACCUGCUCCAGAAGUGCUCCCUCCUCCGACUCACGGCCAUCAUGGAGAAGUACUCCGUGCCCCACAAGCAAGCCUGGACGUGGACUGUGCCCAAGUUCAUGAAGCGGAGUAAAGUCCCCGACUACAGGGACAAGGUGGUCUUCGGGGUGCCGCCCAUCAUCAACGUGCAGCGGACAGGGCAGCCCCUUCCACAGAGCAUCCAGCAGGCCAUGCGCUACAUCCGCAGCCAGUGCCUGGACCAGGUUGGCAUUUUCCGAAAGUCAGGGGUGAAGUCCCGGAUUCAGGCGCUCCGGCACAUGAAUGAAACCAGCCCCGACAACGUCAACUACGACGGGCAGUCAGCGUACGACGUGGCUGACCUGCUGAAGCAGUAUUUCCGUGACCUGCCGGAGCCCAUCUUCACCAGCAAGCUGACGGACACCUUCCUGCAGAUAUACCACUUUGCGGGCGUGUCGAGGGAGCAGCGGCUGCAGGCUGUGCAGGCAGCCGUUAUCCUCAUGCCGGACGAGAACCGGGAGGUGCUGCAGACCCUGCUCUACUUCCUGAGCGACAUCGCCUCCGCGGAGGAGAACCAGAUGACCGCCGGGAACCUGGCUGUGUGCCUGGCCCCCUCCAUCUUCCACCUCAACGUGUGCAAGAAGGAAAGCACCUCACCAAGGGCCAUACAUAAGAGGGGCACCAUGGGGAAGCCUGACCAGAAGGACCUCAACGAGAACAUGGCUGCAACACAGGGGCUCUCCCACAUGAUCAUCGACUGCAAGAAGCUUUUCCAGGUAUCCCACGACAUCUUGCUCCAGCUGAGCAGUUCAUAUAUGGCAGCAGAUGCUUACCCACAUCCCCUGGCUGACUUCGUGUGUCAGGGGGAAAGCAAGGAUUUACACUCCUACUUCGAGCAGAGUGUCCAGAACCUGCUCAAAGAGUCGUCGGAGAAAUUCAAGGGGUGGCUGAGCACGCCAGGGCCCCUGAACACGGAGCUCUCCUGCAAAAAGGUUGGGGACGGGCACCCUCUGCGCUUGUGGAAGGUGUCCACGGACGUCGAGGCCCCUCCUGCCACAGUGCUGCACCGGGUGCUUCGGGAACGUCAUCUCUGGGAUGAGGACCUGCUGCAGAGCAAAGUGGUGGAGGCCCUGGACAAGAACAUGGAGGUCUACCACUACGUCACGGACAGCAUGGCACCCCACCCGCGCAGAGACUGCGUGGUGCUCCGGCGCUGGCACACGGACCUGCCACGGGGAGCCUGCCUGCUCAUCUCCAUCUCGGUGGAGCACGACAAGCUGCCGGCGGAGGGAGGUGUCAAAGCCGUCGUGCUGACCUCCCAGUACCUCAUCGAGCCCAGCGCCGCAGGCCGCUCCAAAGUGACCCACAUCUGCAGAGCUGACCUCAGGGGCCGGUCUCCUGAGUGGUACAACAAGGUGUUUGGCCACCUCUGCGCCAUGGAGCUGGCGCGGAUC